GGCGAGAUCAACUGGGACUGUCCUUGUCUAGGAGGAAUGGCACACGGCCCAUGCGGACAACAGUUCCGUGACGCGUUUUCGUGCUUCGUCUACUCGGAAGAGGAGCCAAAGGGCAUCAACUGCGUGGAAAAGUUCAAGGCGAUGCAGGACUGUUUCCGUGAGCAUCCUGAGGUCUACGGCGACGGUGAGCUCUCGUCUUUGACUCCCUGUAUGUUAUAUUCUGACAGUCCAUAG